AUGGCACCCAAAAAAGGAGGGAAAGUUGUUGCCAAGAAGAAAACGGAGAAGGUUACUAAUCCAUUGUUUGAGAGAAGGCCAAAGCAAUUUGGUAUCGGUGGUGCUUUGCCUCCUAAGAAGGAUUUGACUCGUUACAUCAAAUGGCCUAAGUCAAUCCGUCUUCAAAGACAGAAGCGUAUCCUUAAGCAGAGGCUCAAGGUCCCUCCAGCUUUGAAUCAGUUCACCAAGACUCUUGACAAGAACCUUGCAACACAGCUAUUCAAGGUUCUUAUGAAGUACAGGCCAGAGGACAAGGCUGCAAAGAAGGAUCGUCUUUUGAAGAAAGCUCAAGCCGAAGCUGAUGGAAAGCCUUCUGAAUCCAAGAAGCCUAUUGUCGUCAAGUAUGGUCUCAACCACGUCACUUACCUCAUCGAGCAGAACAAGGCACAGCUUGUCGUCAUUGCACACGAUGUUGACCCCAUCGAGUUGGUCGUCUGGUUACCUGCUCUUUGCAGAAAGAUGGAAGUUCCUUACUGCAUUGUUAAAGGCAAAUCCCGUCUUGGAACGGUCGUUCAUCAGAAGACUGCUGCUUGCUUGUGCUUGACCACUGUGAAGAACGAGGACAAGCUCGAGUUCAGCAAAAUCCUUGAAGCCAUCAAGGCAAACUUCAAUGACAAGUACGAGGAGUACAGGAAGAAGUGGGGAGGAGGGAUAAUGGGAUCCAAGUCUCAAGCCAAGACCAAAGCUAAGGAGAGAGUUCUUGCCAAAGAGGCUGCCCAGAGAAUGAACUAGGCAGAAACACAGUAAUGAAUCAUUACUAAUGAUGAUAUGGUUUUGUUUAGCGAUUUCAUGGAAUACUCUAAAACUUUAUGUUCUUACCAUCGAUGUUGCACUCUUGAGGAUAUUAUCCAGUUUUGUUAUACCUUUUGCUCUCUAUUUAUUUACCUAGUUACUUCUCCAUUUUCGGCAAAUUAAAACCAUAGCGAUUAAUAUGGGCGUAAUGUUUAGUGUAACUCUAGUCUCAGAAAAUGGAUUCAUGAUCCUUAGCUACUUGUAUUUGGCGCUUGUUAUUUAAAAGAAUCAAAACAGUGUUA